UGUCUUUUAUUACAUUACAUUAGUGUGACAAAGUUACUUGGUCACUUUCUCAGUAACUUGGACUCAGUCAUGUCAAACACCGGGGCCGCCAACAGCAGUUUAGUCAUCGCCCAGAAGGCAGUGAAACAGCUUCGUCUAGAGGCCAGUGUCCGUCGGAUAAAGGUUUCUCAGGCUGCUGCAGAACUGAAGACCUUCUGUUUGCAAAAUGCCCACAAAGACCCUCUCCUCACCGGGGUACCCUCCAGUGAUAACCCAUUCAGGCCUCCCAAGUCAUGUGUCCUGCUCUGAGGGGGCUGUGAAGUGAGUGCAAAACACUUGGACGCCUGAUCAUUCCAAUGUGGAUUUCUGUCAUGUGCCCCACUGCCUCUGAGGAUAACGAAGCCUAGACCAUACACACACACAGAUCGUCCCUGGAGCAGUUAUGGAAUGGUGCUGACAUUUUCAGCAGAAAAAUGUUUCAAAUGUAUUCUACUUAUUUUGACAGAAUGUGUUUCUGUAUGUUUAUAAUACAAGCCACUGGUUUCAUGUUUUGCUCUUUUCAGGGUUCAGAGGUCUUUUACCACUUGUUUUACAGUAGACCUACACUUUUUACAGUGGUUGCAGAUACCAGAUUCCUUUAAAAUUAGUUUCUAUUUGUGAACAUUGCCCAAAGCAGAUCUAAAAGAAAUCUGAUCCCAUGUCUUUUUUCUUGUAUAUAUUUGUAAUGUACACUGAACAAAAUUUUAAACACAACACUUUUUUUUUUGCCCCCAUUCAUCAUGAACUCAAAGACUUUCUCUGUGUACACAAAAGGCCUAUUUCGCUCAAAUAUUGCAUAUCAAGAUGCCGAUCAGAUAGCAUAAACUCUAAUUCAUCCUCAGUACUGCUCCAGUGAUGAUAAUUUAUUUCUGUUUACCAUUUUUCAUAAU